UCUCAGAGGGACAUGCAUCUUUCUUCCAUUCCUCUAUGUGGUCUCCUACUCUUUUUAAGCCUUCAUCUAUCCAACACAUAUCCCAUUGGGAAUGGAUUGAGUGACAUAGACAUGGACAUUUUCAAGGUGCUCCUUCAUAAACUCGAGGAGUCCGUUUCUGAGCAGGCUGCAGUGGACCAGAGAGCCCCUGCAGAGAGAGACAGUCCUUCCAACCUCAGCACAGAUGAUGCUGCAGAUGAGCAGCAACCACAAAUCGGACCAGAUGAAGCGGAGAUUAGGGAGCUUCUUUCAGCCAAGAAUCUGAAGAGCCUUCGCAAUGAUUCAUCCAGGAGAUCUUCUGGCUGCUUUGGGCGACGGAUGGACAGAAUAGGCUCGAUGAGCUCUCUGGGCUGCAACACCAUCGGCAGAUACAAUCCAAAGUGAAGAUGAAGUCUUACCAUCUAAAUUCUGGAACUUCGACGUCUGUACCAAG